AUGAGCAUUUGUUAUACAAGAUUUGUUUGGAGCAACUUUCUAUCAAUCCUCAAUUAAUAGAGACUAAUGACAGCAAUGAAUCCAUAAGAAUAAGACAGUUGGCGUUGCAAUGUUUGAAAACAUUUGAGAAGGAAUCGAAAUCGUUCAACGUAAAAGCUUUCUGGAAAAAUAGUUCUACUGUUAUGAAAACAUUAGGAAAAGCAUCAGAUAUGAAUUCCAAAAAUAUAAUCCACCAAAUGCUAGACAUACAUUAUGAUUUCAGUGAAGCGCUUUCUAACACCACACGUGAAACUAUAAAAUCUGCUUUGAAACGAAAAUCAGAUUCCUAUCCAUCAGAAAGUAGAAAAAAGAAAGAUACGAUCAACAUAAAGGAUCCAGAGUCUCUUAAUGAUGCGAACAUAACGAAUUUGGAAGAAGUGAUCAUUCAUGAAGAGGAAGAAAUUGCGGGGCAGUUAACCAAUGAGAACAAUCCUGAAUUAUCGCCUAUCGAACCUGAUCUGGAAUUUAACAAACAAAUGAUGCGUGACGCAUAUAUAAAGAUACGUCAGGAUCUCUGUGAUCUUUCCUCACAGAAGGAUUGGUUUAUUGAAAGUUAUAGUGUUUCAGAUGCAUUUCGCAAAUAUCAAAUUAAUAAUAUUGAUAAACUAGAAGAUGGUGAAACCUUCCAUUUUUCAUCAGAUGUCAAGGCAAUCUUAAUGAAUAAGCCAUCAUAUUUAGUUAUAGAUGAACGAAAAUGGCGUGCUUCGGUGCGUCAACCAAAACAACCAGUCCCACCCAGUUUCUUUGGAGAAAUUAUGGAUGAAUAUGAAAGGGAAAUAAAUGACAUAGACGAGCUUCGUUAUAAGUUUUAUGAUAUAUGGGGGAAAUAUCGUGACAAGGUCAUUCAUUUAGAUAAUGAGAGAUGUUUGUUUGAAACCACGCAAGCAGUUGCACGUGCAUUGAAAAAAAACGAGGAUACUGUUGUACAUGAUUAUGUACAUGAUACUUUCAAAGAAAUAUUUCGUGACUCGAAUUAUGAUCUUUCUUGGGCAAACACCGAAAGUUUGACUUCAAGAAGCCACCGUGCGAAUUACGGACGCUCCCAGGGUAGAAAGCCUGAUAUAAUUGUGUAUCGAAUCGUAGAAAGAGAUAAAUACGAAGAAACAUGUUUUGUCGAAGCCAAAAAUUUCUCAAUUACAAGGAACAGUAAAAUUGGCGGUUACAAUCUUUACAAGGUAGCUAUUCUUUGCCAGGGAGGCAUCAACAACAUUAUUUCUUCGCGUGGAAACAAACCAGGAGUAAAGUCCUUUGGAGUACAUAUUUGUGAAGGAUAUAUCUAUUUUGGAAUAAUGGACUUGGAGUACGACGGUAUUUACCGUUAUUUUCAAAUCUCCGAGAUUAAACUCGCUCAGAAGCUUUCUGAAUUUAACCUUGUACGAAAGUUGAUAAUAGAAGCUUUUUUUUUCAAGUGCCGUAUUGACAGUUUUUAUUCCAAUAAGAAUGACAAUGGGUUCUCCGAUAAACAUGAAAAUGUGUCACCUCAACAGAAUAGCUUCUCCCGUCAUCCAACAAUCACACCUAAGGUGCCUAGAAAUAUGAUCCCGGAAUCUUCUGAAUGGGUAAAUUUCGUUAAGAAAGAAGAUAAUAAUGAAAGGCUUAAUACCACAGGACCAAAAAUAGUUGCAGCAUCUGUAUGA